ACGGGAGGUGACCAGGAACUCCGCAACGCUACAUGCCAUCGGAACCCUCGGACUGCCACUGGCGACAAGUGUCUCCCUCUUGACAAUCAAGCUAUGGCUUCCUUCUUCUCCUCAGUCCUCCUCUGCUCUCUGUUAUUGGGAGACGCUGCAGCCUUCUAUCUCCCGGGAGUGGCACCGUCCUCCUACUCCCUCGGCGACCGCGUCCCAUUGACUGUCAAUGCCUUGACUCCCUCGAUUUCAAGACAUGAUGAGCAGAUUCAUGCGGUAGUCUCGUAUGACUAUUACCAUCCAGCAUUCCGGUUUUGCCGGCCGGAACUUGGACCUAAGCGAGUCCGGGAAUCGUUAGGGAGCAUAAUAUUUGGGGAUAGAAUACAAACCUCACCGUUGGAGUUGCAUAUGGGUCAGAAUGAGACAUGCAAGAUGGCUUGCCAGACCGGAAACUUCGACGAAAGAUCGUCCAAGUUUGUCAACUCCAGGAUAGAACAAGCAUACAACAUCAACUUCCUCGUCGAUGGGUUACCCGCAGCCGAGCUAAGAGAAGAUCCUCUCAGUCAUGAACGGUUCUCGAGCCCCGGAUUUCCGCUGGGCAAGGUGAGAGAAGAUGGAACGAAGAUCUUACACAAUCAUUGGGAUAUCAUCAUCGAUUAUCACAAAGCCGGUUUGAGAGGGGAACAAUAUCGUGUGGUUGGCGUUCUGGUCCAGCCUCAAUCCUACUCAGGGUCGAAGGCUUUGGAGGAGGGCAAGGCAGACUGCGCUGCGGAUUCGGCGCCGGUCACCCUGAACGAUGUCGGCGAGACGUCGGCCUUGUAUACAUACAGUGUGUACUGGCGCCCGUCAGAUACUGCAUGGGCGACACGGUGGGAUAAAUACCUCCACAUCAUCGAUCCGAAGAUUCACUGGUUCUCACUUAUAAACUCGACCGUCUUCGUCAUCUUCUUGGUCGGCAUGGUCGGCACUAUCUUGUUGCGGGCCCUACGCAAAGACAUUGCACGAUACAAUCGGUUGGAAAACAUCAACCUUGACGAUUUAUCGGGGGCCUCUGCUGUGGAUGACGACGUUCAAGAGGAUUCUGGAUGGAAGCUUGUCCACGGCGAUGUCUUCCGCAGCCCUCGAUACACUCUGAUAUUAAGUGUCUUGCUCGGCAACGGAGCCCAACUUUUUGUUAUGACGGGCGUCACGGUAGCAUUUGCCAUGCUAGGGUUCUUGUCCCCUUCGAACCGAGGCUGGCUGACUUCCAUCAGUCUGUUAUUGUACACCCUUUUUGGUUGCAUUGGCGGUUACGUGUCUGCACGCGUCUACAAGAGCUUCGGAGGCGAAAAUUGGAAACUCAACAUCGCGGCUACGCCCAUCUUCGUUCCUGGGGUUGUAUUCGGUACUUUCUUCCUCCUCAAUCUCUUUGUCUGGGCGAAAGGAUCCAGCGGUGCAGUGCCCUUCACUACGAUGCUGGCAAUUGUCGCAAUCUGGUUCAUCAUCAGUGUACCCCUGAGCGUUGCCGGCUCCUGGUACGGGUUCAAGCAGCCAGCAUAUGAGCCUCCCACACGGGUCAACCAGAUCCCUCGGCAAAUCCCCCCUGUCGCACGAUCACUGCGACCGCUACCGUCACUUCUCCUCACAGGCAUCUUGCCGUUCUGCGCCAUCUUCGUGGAGUUGUAUUUUAUCAUGACGUCGUUGUGGACAAGCAAAAUCUACUACAUGUUUGGAUUCUUGUUCAUUUGUUAUGGGCUGAUGGUUUUGACAUCGGCCUGCACUACCAUUCUACUCGUGUAUUUCUUGCUCUGCGCUGAAGACUACCGAUGGCAAUGGAGAGCAUUCUUUGGUGCGGGCAUGACUGGAGCGUAUGUUUUCUUGAACGCGCUGGGCUUCUGGGCCACUCGAGUCAGCUUUGGAGGAUUGACUGGUGCUGUUCUCUAUGUCGGAUAUUCGGCACUGAUCAGCUUCAUGGUUUUUGUUCUUACUGGUACGAUCGGAUUCUUCGCAGCUUACGCAUUUGUUCAUCGGAUUUACGGCUCCAUCAAGGUCGAUUGACGACUGAAGUGUGACGCCAACAAAAGCAUACCGGAAGCCUACAAAGUGGCGAAGCAUGUAGCCGCAGGAAAGGACAGAUUGAGGCAUAUAGCCUUUUGUGUAACAUCGUACUUGACAUCUGAUUCCAGCCAGUGAAAAA